AUGGCUAAGCCAAGUAAGAUGAUAGUAGAAAAGUUUGUACUACCGAUAGUUAAGUUUGUGGGUAAUUAUACACCAGGGUUUUUCUGGGCCAUAAUAGAUUUUGUAAUAGAUAUCUUCUUCUUUUGGGUUAAGCAACUAUACAAUUUUUAUCAUAGUAAAGAUCCAUUAAAGGAAUUACUUAAACAUCUUCGAAAUGUUAAGAGUUAUAAUGAAUGGAAGGAUACCGUGACAGAGAUUGAUAGACUAACUAAUAUGGAUCUUUGGAGACAAAAUGUUAUAUCAAAACAUUAUGAUUAUAUAUUAAUUAAUGAUAGAAUAAAACUUUUAAGAGACGCAAGAUUAAGACAAGAUUCUCCAUUAAUUAUGUCAUUAUUAAGAUCAGGAUUAAUUCGAAACUUUGGUGGUAUAGCUCAAAAGAGAUUAUAUGUUAAAUCUUAUGUUGGUACAAAAUUUAAAAUAGAAGAAUAUAUUACUGAAGUAUUAAGUUGUUUAAAUUAUUUAAAUGAAUCUAUUUAUAAUGAACGAGAAUUUGUUAUGAAUAGUAAACAACUUAAAUUGGAUUUUUUUCAUGAUGCAAGACAAUCUUUUGGUUGUACUGCUUUACUUUUACAAGGUGGUUCAUUAUUUGGUUUAUGUCAUUUAGGAGUUGUAAAAGCUUUAUACUUUAAAGGUUUAUUACCGAGGAUAAUCGGUGGUAGUGCUGUUGGUGCGGCAGUUGCAUCUUUAGUAUGUACAUUAAAUGAUCAAGAAUUAAUACCUAUAUUGAUUUCAAUUGCUGAUGUUAUGAAAAAUAUCGAUCGAUUAAAUCAUGAUGUGGAUGAAAGAUAUGGUAAUGUAAUUGAAAAUGUGGUUAAAAAGGGUUAUUCUCAAGAUAUUCUUAUUUUCUUAAAAUUCGUUAGAGAUACAAUUGGUGAUGUUACAUUUGAAGAAGCUUAUUUAAAGACAGAAAAGAUUCUUAAUGUUGUAGUUCAUCCAACUCAUCAAUCAGUUCCAUCAUUAUUAAAUUAUAUAACUGCUCCAAAUGUAAUUAUUUGGACAGCUAUUUAUGCAUCAAUUGGUACAGGAGUUCUUUCUGAUAAUGUUCAAAUUUAUGUAAAAGAUUUUAAUAAUAAUAUAGUUCCUCAAACUCCUGAACUUGAUAUUCAAUAUUUAAAACCUCAAGAUGUUAAUUAUCUGCAACAAUAUUUUAAAAGAAAAGUGGUUGGAAAUAUUCAAUAUCCUAUUGAAAGUUCUCCAUAUACUAGAUUAACCGAAUUAUUUAAUGUUAAUCAUUUUAUUAUUAGUUUAGCUCGUCCAUAUUUGGCUCCAUUAAUAAGUAAUGAUUUACAACAUAUUCAUUUAUCUUAUGGUAAUAUAAGAUAUAAUGAUAUUAAAAAGGAUCAAUCAAAUGGUACAAUGUCAAUAAUUGAAAAAACAAGUACUUCAAUUGAUCAAAUUGAAAAAUUUACUAGAGAUACAACAUAUACAUUUAAAAAGCAUAUAAAAAAUUUACUUAGUAUGGAAAUUCAACAUCGACUAGUAGUUAUGAAUAAACUUGGAAUGUUAAAUGAUGUAAUGAAAAGAUUUUUUAUUGAUGAAAAACCUUCAUCUUUACAAUCCUUAUCAAGUAUUAGAGAAAUUACAAUUGUUCCUGAAUUAAGAUAUUUAGUUAAAGACUUUGGUCGAGUAUUUGACGUUCAUAAAACUAUGGAAAAUAUCCCUUAUUGGGUUUUGGUAGGGGAAAGAUCUAUUUGGCCUUUAUUCCCCUUAUUAUGGACUAGAUGUUCUAUAGAAUUUGCAUUAGAUGAUUUAUAUAAUUUACAUAGAAAGAGAGGUGGAUAA